GAUUUACUUUAUUUUGAAAAGUCAUGGGCAGAAGUGGUCAGUGUCGUUUAUUUUGAAAGUUCGGUCCGUGUCGUCUUAUUUUGUAGGUCCAGGUGUGCAGCGUCCGUCUCCGGCCUCCAGGUGUCGCUGUUUGUUUUCCCUCCGCGGCGCUCCGUGCCGGUGUGACCCGGUAAUGAAGCCGUCUGGCCGGGCUCGGUCGGUCGGAGUCACCGGGCUCCACCAUGGCGUGGAGGAGCUGCUUCGUCCCGCUCAGGCUGACCGGAGGAGCUGCGGCACGGAGCCCCGUGAGCGGAGGCAGCAGGUGGCCUCUCAGCCUGCAGCAGCAGAGAUGCGGCUUCAGGAAAGCCGCCCGGAAACCAGAAUCCAGGAGGCCGGAGGAGGAGCUGGGCCCGCCGCACGCAGAGUCCCCUGAGGCCGCCGCAGCUCGGAGGACUCCCCCAGACCUCCAGGCUCAGCCCGGCCCGACCCGGACCUUCAGCCGGCUGCUCAGGCCGCUCGUCUUCACCGUGGGGUUUACAGGCUGCUGCUUCGGCUCGGCGGCCAUCUGGCAGUACGAGUCCCUGAAGUCCAGAGUCCAGAGCUACUUCGACGAGAUCCGAGCUGAUUGGCUGAACAAGAUGAGACCGCAGAAACGAGGAGACGUCCGCAAGGAGAUCAACCAAUGGUGGCACAGCUUGAGUGAAGGUCAGAGGACGGUCACAGGGAUCAUUGCUGCUAACGUCGUGGUGUUCUGCUGUUGGAGGGUCCCGCCUCUGCAGCGCUCCAUGAUCAGAUACUUCACAGCUAACCCCGCCUCCAAGACGCUGUGCUCCCCGAUGCUCCUCUCCACCUUCAGUCACUUCUCGUUCUUCCACCUGGCGGCGAACAUGUACGUCCUGUGGAGCUUCUCCAGCAGCGCCGUGUCCAUGCUGGGCAGAGAGCAGUUCAUGGCCGUCUAUCUGUCUGCAGGUGUCAUCUCCACAUUUGUCAGUUAUGUCUGUAAGACGGCCACGGGGAGGCUCGGCCCGUCACUCGGAGCCUCUGGAGCCAUCAUGACCGUCCUCGCCGCCGUCUGCACCAAAAUGCCUGAAGCUAAACUCGCCAUCAUCUUCCUGCCAAUGUUCACCUUCACCGCCGGCAACGCUCUGAAGGCCAUCGUUGCCAUGGAUACGGCCGGCCUGGUGCUCGGCUGGAAGUUCUUCGACCACGCUGCUCAUCUGGGCGGAGCUUUGUUUGGAAUCUGGUACAUCCUGUUCGGACACGAGUUGAUCUGGAAGAACCGCGAGCCGUUCGUGAAGCUGUGGCACGACCUGAGGACGCGGCGAGGAGGGGGAGGGGGAGGGGGGGACACGGGUGGAGGCGGCGGAGUCGUGUAGGGCCGCUGGGGCUGAUGGGAAACAAACAUGUAUAAAGAGAUGUAAAAAUGUACAGAGACAGGAAACAGACGAUGACAUCACAGACCAUGACGAUGAUGUCAUCACAUAUUUAUAACACGUUUGUUUGUUGUUGUUUGUUACCACGGAGACGAAGCAGGAAGUUCGAUUUAUUUCAACGUUGUUUACGAAAUGUUUGUGCAUAUUUAAUGAGACAACACCUAAUUUGCAUAUUUAGAUUAAGUAAUCAGCUGCUGCAAACAGGAAGUCAGCUCUUUCAAAAUAAAAUAAAACAGAUCAUAUUUUACCCAGAAUCCAUCAGGACUCUGCAGAUGAAGUCGUUAGAGUUGAUUAAUAAAGUUUUGUCAUGAUUUUUGUUUUUUAAACGUUUCCUCAACGUUCACGACAAAUGUUCAAACAGGAAGUUGAUUUAUGAUGAAAACAAUAAAACUUUUAAAAGGUU